AUGCUCUUCAAACCCCUCACCGGGCUACUCGCCCUGGGUGCUCUCGUCUCUACCUCGGUCCUGCCCACCAGCGAGCAGGCGAUCCUGAGCAACCCCAGCUCCCACUCGCUCCACGAACACAAAGCAAAUGCCUUCACUCGUCCGACCUGGUUUGAGUCCGCCCUGCUGGCCCGCCGCAUGCUGGCCCUCUCCUCUUCCGGUGUGAUCUCGACGGUCUUCCCCGAUCCGAUCCCACCCUCCUCCCGCACCCCAGCCUCAGUCGCCGGUCUUCCGAUCGGACUACGCGAAUACAUCGCCGAUUGUGACAGAGCUCUGCCCGAUGGUCUUUCAUUCGGAGAUAACGGGGACCCGACUAUCCUUGCCCUCCGCAUCGCCACCACUUUCCGGAAUAUCGGGGCUGGAUCGAACGUCUCCCUCGAACUGGACUGGUGGGAGCAUCUUGAAGACGCCGUGCCUGUGUACCCGGGUCUGCCUCACAGUCCUGCUGCGUUACCUCGCUUCACAUUGUUCGGGUACCUCGACCCCUUGCCCUCGCUCUCCCGCCACGAUGCCGCGGCACUGGAGAAGUGUUUCCUGCGGUCGCACCCGGACGCAAAGGCGUGGCUGCCCGGUGCAUCGCGUUCGCCGCACGCGAGCUUCUGGGCCCGACUGGUGGUCACACAGGCAUACUGGAUCGGUGGGUUUGGUGACGUGCAACAGAUCGGGUGGUUGGAUGUGACGGAAUGGAAGGGAAUUCGGCAGUGGUCGAGUUCGGUUGGGGAUGGACGCGGAUGGGAAGAUGUGCGACUUCCAGGGGAGAAGCAGCGAUAA